UUGCAAAAAAAAAAAUCAAUUGAGAAAAAAUAACAGACAGCCAAGUUAAACUAAAUCGGCUGUCAAGCAUAACCACAGCUCAAGAAAUGCAGAAAACGUGCUAACUUCCAAUAGAGUUCCAAACCAAAGUUGAAACGCAGCAAAUUUCAUGUGGAUUUUUUUUUUUUGCAAAGUGCCAACAAGAAACUGUAGAACGAGAAAGAGAGAGACAGAAGGAAAGAACAAGUGACGCUGCCGGUGCUUGCUUUGUAAAAAAGCAUAUAUUUAAACAAAUUAGUUGGCUAUUAUUGUUGCUAAAAGUUGACUGGAGGAAAACAACAUAUUGCUGGCGAAAGCAACGACGGCAGAGACAUGGCGUUGAAAAAAGUGAAGGGAAAUUUCGAGCGUAUGUUUGACAAAAACCUAACAGACUUGGUGCGCGGAAUAAGGAAUAAUAAGGAUAAUGAGGCCAAAUACAUAUCGCAGUGUAUUGAGGAGAUCAAGCAGGAGCUGCGUCAGGACAAUAUUAAUGUCAAGUGCAAUGCAGUUGCUAAAUUGACCUACAUCCAGAUGCUGGGCUAUGACAUCUCAUGGGCAGGCUUUAACAUUAUUGAGGUUAUGAGUUCCUCGCGUUUCACAUGUAAACGCAUUGGCUAUCUAGCUGCCAGCCAGUGCUUUCAUCCAGAUAGCGAGCUAUUGAUGUUGACCACAAAUAUGAUACGCAAGGAUCUAAACUCGCAAAAUCAAUAUGAUGCUGGUGUCGCGCUUAGCGGUCUGAGCUGUUUUAUAUCACCCGAUUUGUCGAGAGAUUUGGCCAACGAUAUUAUGACGCUAAUGAGCUCGACGAAGCCUUAUCUGCGCAUGAAAGCUGUGCUCAUGAUGUACAAAGUAUUUCUACGCUAUCCAGAAGCUUUGCGACCUGCCUUUCCCAAACUCAAAGAGAAACUGGAAGAUCCCGAUCCAGGUGUACAAUCAGCUGCCGUGAAUGUUAUUUGUGAACUAGCACGUAAGAAUCCAAAAAACUAUUUGCCUUUGGCGCCUGUGUUCUUUAAACUGAUGACCACAUCGACCAACAAUUGGAUGUUAAUUAAGAUAAUCAAACUGUUUGGCGCUUUAACUCCCUUAGAACCCCGGCUAGGAAAGAAAUUAAUAGAACCACUUACAAAUCUAAUUCAUAGCACCUCAGCCAUGAGCCUGCUCUAUGAGUGCAUCAAUACUGUGAUCGCUGUGCUUAUUAGCAUAAGCAGCGGCAUGCCCAACCACAGCGCCUCCAUCCAGCUCUGCGUACAAAAGCUGCGCAUACUCAUCGAGGACUCCGAUCAGAAUCUUAAAUACCUGGGUCUGCUGGCCAUGUCGAAGAUACUCAAAACGCAUCCGAAGAGCGUGCAGGCGCACAAGGAUCUAAUAUUGGCCUGCCUGGAUGACAAGGAUGAAUCUAUACGGCUGCGCGCAUUGGAUUUGCUAUGCGGCAUGGUAUCGAAAAAGAAUCUCAUGGAGAUAGUUAAGCGUCUGCUUGGCCAUAUGGAGCGUGCCGAGGGCUCUGCCUAUCGCGAUGAGCUGCUCUACAAGGUGAUUGAGAUUUGUUCGCAGAGCUCGUAUCUGCAUGUGACCAACUUCGAGUGGUAUAUGACCGUGCUGGUGGAGCUUAUACAGCUGGAGGCGGGCUCAAAGCACGGUCGCCUCAUAGCCGAGCAGCUGCUGGAUGUGGCCAUACGUGUGCCUGUGGUGCGUCAAUUUGCUGUUAAUGAAAUGACCAAUUUGCUGGAUACGUUUGCUGUCUCCGCACAAAGCAAUUCCAUGUACGAGGUGCUCUAUGCCGCCGCCUGGAUUGUGGGCGAGUUUGCUGCCGAGCUUACGGAUGCGGAGAAGACAUUGAACAUAUUGCUGCGACCGCGUCAGCUGCCUGGCCACAUACAGGGUGUCUAUGUGCAGAAUGUUAUUAAGCUAUUUGCACGCUUGGCCACCACGUGCCUGGAGCUGCAGGAUCUGCCAGGCAUAGUGCGCGUAAGUUGCCGUCGACUCACAUUUGGCAGAGCUACUUUUAACUUACAUUAUUAUUUACAGCUCUGUGAUCAUGUGCUGGACAAGCUGCAGCAUUUCCUCGGCUCCAGCGAUAUCGAAGUGCAGGAGCGUGCCAACUCCGCUUGCAUGUUAAUUGAAAUGCUGCGUAAGGCGUUAACUGUUACGCUGGUGGAUGAGACGCAGCCUGCCAGCAUUCCCACGCUGGCCAUUGAAAUUGUACAAGAGAUGGCGUUACUAUUCGCCGGCGAGCUUAUACCUGUGGCGCCCAAGGCGCAACGCAAGGUGCCACUGCCCGAUGGCUUGGAUUUGGAUGAAUGGAUAAAUGCACCGCCGCCGGCGGAGGAUAACAGCAGCACUAGCUCGGAUCAUGAUAAGGAUGAGCUGUUCGUUAGCGCCAGCCAACAGGACAGCGAGCCAGCAAAGCGGCGUCCAAGCCAAGAGCUAACACCCGAACAGCUGGAACGUCAGCGCAUGGCGCGUCUCAUCGAGCAAUCCAAUAAUCCAAACUAUUUGAAAGCAGCGCCAGCCUCAGCCUCAGCGGCUGCUGCGCUAGCAGGCAGCAGCAGCAACAAUUCCAAUGCGGAUCAAUAUGACAAUAUAGAUGAUAUACCAAUUACCGAGCUGCCGCUGGACAUUGAGGGCGUGGCCGCUUUGCGUGUGGGCAUAACCAAACGCUCGGAUAAGUAUCUGCAGGAGCAGCAGGCUGCAGAGGCAGCGCAGACGGGCAAGAGUGACAAGAAGAAGCAUAAAAAGGGCAAGAAGAGUAAGAAAUCAGAGAAAAACAAAGUGGCCUACAAUAAUAGCUCAGAAUCGGAAGCGGAACCCAAGCCGCUGCAUAUUGUAAACACCACACUGGAUAUGCCGGAGGGCGUAACACUUUCAGAUAGCGAGGAUAAGGAUGGCAAAUACGAUCCAAACGAUCCACAUCGCGCACUUGACAUUGAGCUUGAUAUCGCUGUCUUUGAGUCAGUUGCGGCAGCAACUAAAACUAAUACAGAGGCAACUGCAAGCAGCUCCAAGAGUAGCGCCUCCAAAAAGGAGCGAAAAUCAAAAGAGCAUAAAAGUCGCAAGGCGCAACCACAGGCAGUGCCCGAUCUAAUAGACACGGGCACGCCCACGCCCACAGGCGCAGCUACGGCAGCAGUGGAGGCAAGCAGCAGCAGCAGCAUCAACAACAAUGUGGAGCAGUCAGCAGCGCAGCACAAAAAGAAGAAACGCGAGAAAAGUGAAAAGAGCGAGAAGCGGGAAAAGCGUGAAAAGAGCGCACACAAGUCAAGCUCAAGCAAAGUGAGCAAAGAAGCGAGCAGCAAUAUAAUUGAUGUUGAGCCCAUGGAUAUUGUGGCAGAGCCUGCAGCAGCAGCAGCAGCGGCAACAGACGCUGUCAAGGCGCAUAAAAAGAAGCAUAAAAAGGACAAAACAGAAUCGAAGCAAAAGCUCAGCCACAAGUCCUUGGAUGUUAGCGGUUAUGAGCAGCCUUUGGGUAUCUCCACGCCAAGCAAAGAAAUUUUCUAGUAACACACACACACACACAUACAUACAUACAUCGAUAUGCAUUCAAUUUUCUCCAUGCAAUGUGCUUAGUUAAGCGUUUAAUUUUUAAGUUAAAUUCUUAUUCCUACAACUAAUUUUAAAUUAUCGCUGCGAUAUAAAAAGGAAUGUAACGAAUUGAACAAAUACUAAUUACACACACACACACACACACACACACACAAAAAUAAUUGUAUAGCUAAAACAAAUUGUAAAAUCUAUUAACCGCCUUUGCCAUUGCGGUUGUUAAAACAAAAACCACUUGAACAAAUGUUUAAAACAACCAACAA